AUGCGCCAUUUAUCAACUUCGCCGUUUGCCUUUUGCGUGGCUGCUCAACUUCUGUGUCUAACCUUGGCCUCGUCUUCGCAUCCAUCGCAAUCGUUCCUUGGCAAUCUGGAUGCUCAGGUUGCCGACAACAACCCCUUCCAUCCUUCUUUCGAUUCGUUUGUUGAUAGUCUUAUGAAAACUUGGCACAUCCCCGGUCUGGCCAUUGCUGUUGUGCACGAAAACAAGACAUGGUCCAAGGGUUUUGGGCACGCGAACCUCCCUGAUGUGCCAUUCACACCAUAUACACUCUUCCAGGCUGCUAGCACCACCAAAUCCUUCACAGCCUCUCUCACAGCAUUGUUAGUCCAGGACCAAGAUGAAUAUGCUCACAUCGGAUGGGACACUCCGCUUCACGACAUUGCCGGUAACGAUUUUGUUCUCGAGGACGAUUAUCUGACAACUCAUGUCACUUUCCUUGAUGCCAUGUCCCAUCGCACUGGCAUACCUGGACACGACGCGCUGUGGUACGAUCGAGGACUAACCGUCAGAACCCAGACAUAUCUCAUGCGUCAUAUGACCUCGAGCGCAAGCUUCAGGACCGUCUUCCAGUACUGCAACCUAUUCUUCACCGCCGUCUCUCAUGUUCUUCAGUCUGUGACAGGGAAACCACAAGCAGAUUUGCUGCGUGAGUGGAUCUUUGAGCCUCUCGGAAUGAACCAAUCCUACUACUCUCGUCAGGACGCAGCUCACUGCCAAACACUGAACCCUCACUGCGUCCUGGCUGAUAGCUACGCAUGGAAUCAAGACACGCAAUCUUAUCAGAAAUGGGCGCUCAACGUAGCGGACCCCGCCAAUGGAGCUGGUGGCAUCAUCUCCAACGUCGUUGAUUACAGCAAGUGGAUUCACACUCUCAUGCAUGAGGCCGGUCCGGUCUCCAAGGAUGGUCAUGCUAAGCUAAAGUACCCAUUUUCCAUACAAGGUGUUGACAUGGCACCCUACACAGGACCUGUAUGGUAUGGACUGGGGCUUGACGGAGGCAUCUACCGUAACGAGAGGGUCUUUUCGCACACUGGUGGUAUCAGUGGCUACGCGUCAAGCUUCAAGUUUUUGCCUGACCGGAAGUUCGGACUCGUCAUGUCUCAAAAUUCAAUGAACACAGCCUUCGAAGCCAUAGGAUGGCGACUGAUCGAUGAGUUUCUAGGCGGUCCGGAGGACGAGUUCUACGACAUGAAUAAGACGCAAAGCUAUCUUACAAAAAAACGUGAGGAACAGCUCAAGGCUCUUCCUUCCAAGCUAUAUCCCAAUGUACCUUCGCAACGCGUACAGCCACAACUCCCGUUACAAAACUACACCGGAACCUAUACAAACGCGGCUUAUGGUAACCUUAGCAUCAGCGUCGAUGCACCUUCAUACCUGCUAGACGAACCAAGAGCUGAAAACUUGGAUUCUGCGGAUUUGCUGCUCUACGCGGCAUCAAGUGGUCGGAACGUGUUGUUCACUUUUCGACACGUGUCUGCAGAGCAUUGGCUUGUAGAGUUACGAAUGGUGAUCUAUGACUCCAAAGUGGCAGAUGAUUAUAAGAAAGCCAGGUUCGAGGUUGGAGUGGAUGGAGUGGUGCAGAGACUCGGAGUGGUAAUGGAAGCAGCUGUUGCUGGGGAUAGAGCAUGGGCGUGGUUUGAUCGAAUCGACGGUCCUUGA